AUGUAAUUUCUUCCACGUGGAAUCAAUUUAUAGUUUAGUCAAUUUUUUAAAAAAAGAAAAAACUAUCUAAAAAUUAUUAAAAAGAAUUUUAUUUAAAUAUUCUUUAACUCUGUUUUUAAAAUGGAUACGCCAAAAUUAGAUGAUUGGGAAGUAUUAUUUGAUAAUAAUGAAACGACUUUAGAUGAAACAAAGAAAACUCCUGCUGAUUAAAUUUAAGAAUUAGAUCAAGAUAUUCAUCAAAUUUAAUUUCUGUUUUCUAAAAGAGAUUUUCAUCAAGAAUAACAAUUAUAAUCAGUAAAAAAUGAAGAAAAUAAUUUAAAUUGUAAACCAAACAGAGAGCUUAACAAUCUGUAAAAUGAACAUAGAAAUUAAAAUUCUAAAAACGUAGAUACUUAGGUUGUUUACAAAAUUAAUAGUGAAUGUGACCUAGCCAAAAUAGAUUGUAUAUAAAAUAAUCAAUAAUUGUUGAUGUAAAAAGAUAAAAUUAUCAUUUAAGAUAAUAAAAUCAGCUAAAGAAAUUAAAUUUAAGAUUUGCCAAAAGAAAUGCUGGAUAAUAAUUAGAACAUUAAAAAAAUCAAAAUUAAUAAUAAAUAAGUUCCUCAAUCUAUCGAUGAUAAAUUGGAAAAAAUAAAUGAAGUAUAAAGUUAACUUAGUGAAGAAAAAUAAAAUGAAAUAGAUCAAAAUAAUGUAUUAUUUAUAAUUUCUAUGUUUAUAUUAAUUGUUAAAUUUAUUUUAAAGCUUUUUUGA